GGGGCCCAGGUGACUUAGGGGGAAGGAAUGGGUCCCCGCGGAGCUCGCCGGACAUGAGAGGUUUGGGGGACCGGGCUUACGCUCUGGCGGCGUUCCCCCUCUUCAUUGCCUCUCCAAUGCCCGGGUACAGCCCAACUGCGGAAUUGUCCCCUUAGACCCCUGGGGUUUCGGCCCCUCUGUGGGGGACGACCGCCGGCCGGUGUCGCUGCCUGGGACCGCAGUCGCGGAGGCCGCUGGAGAGGGCCAGGCUGAAAGCGGUGGCCUUUGAGGGGGGCGGCACGAGGGCACCGGCCCCCUCUCGGACUCCUGGCAGAGUGGGGCUGGCGGUCACCAUGGCAAUGCGGGAGCUGGUGGAGGCCGAAUGCGGGGGUGCUAACCCACUCAUGAAGCUGGCUGGGCACUUCACCCAGGACAAGGCCCUUCGGCAGGAGGGGUUGAGGCCUGGCCCUUGGCCCCCAGGAGCCCCGGCCACAGAGGCGGUCUCUAAGCCUUUGGGAGUAGCCUCUGAAGAUGAGCUGGUGGCUGAAUUUCUCCAGGACCAGAAUGCACCACUUGUGUCCCGUGCCCCUCAGACCUUCAAAAUGGAUGACCUGCUGGCAGAGAUGCAGGAGAUUGAACAGUCAAACUUCCGCCAGGCACCCCAGAGAGCUCCUGGUGUGGCAGACUUGGCCUUGUCUGAGAACUGGGCCCAGGAGUUUCUUGCAGCUGGAGAUGCUGUGGAUGUAACUCAGGAUUAUAAUGAGACAGACUGGUCCCAAGAAUUCAUCUCUGAAGUUACAGAUCCUUUGUCUGUUUCCCCUGCCCGCUGGGCUGAGGAGUAUCUGGAACAGUCAGAGGAGAAGCUGUGGCUGGGAGAGCCUGAGGGAACAGCUUCCACAGAUCGCUGGUAUGAUGAAUAUCAUCCCGAGGAGGACCUGCAGCACACAGCCAGUGACUUUGUGGCCAAGGUGGAUGACCCGAAAUUGGCUAACUCCGAGUUCCUGAAAUUCGUGCGGCAGAUUGGCGAGGGGCAGGUGUCCCUGGAGUCCGGUGCAGGGUCGGGCCGAGCUCAGGCAGAACAGUGGGCAGCAGAGUUUAUACAGCAGCAGGGUACAUCAGAGGCCUGGGUUGACCAGUUCACAAGACCAGUAAACACAGCUGCCCUUGAUAUGGAGUUUGAACGAGCCAAGUCAGCUAUAGAGUCUGAUGUCGAUUUCUGGGACAAGUUGCAGGCAGAGUUGGAGGAGAUGGCAAAACGGGAUGCUGAGGCUCACCCCUGGCUUUCUGACUAUGAUGACCUCACAUCUGCUUCCUACGAUAAGGGGUACCAGUUUGAGGAGGAGAACCCCCUGCGUGACCACCCCCAGCCUUUUGAGGAGGGGCUCCGGCGACUUCAGGAGGGGGACCUGCCCAACGCUGUGCUGCUUUUUGAGGCGGCCGUGCAGCACGAUCCUAAGCACAUGGAAGCUUGGCAGUAUCUGGGUACCACCCAGGCAGAGAAUGAACAGGAACUCUUAGCCAUCAGUGCGCUGCGGAAGUGUCUGGAGCUAAAGCCCGAUAACCGGACAGCACUCAUGGCGCUGGCCGUGAGCUUCACCAACGAGUCCCUGCAGCGACAGGCCUGUGAAACCCUGCGAGACUGGCUGCGCUACACGCCGGCCUAUGCCCAUCUGGUCGUGCGUGGUGAAGAAGGGGCUGGGGGGUCAGGACAGGGCCCCAGCAAGCGCAUCCUCGGGUCUCUGUUGUCCGACUCCCUCUUUCUUGAAGUGAAAGAGCUCUUCUUGGCUGCUGUGCGCCUGGACCCUACAUCCAUUGACCCGGAUGUGCAGUGUGGCUUAGGAGUCCUUUUCAACCUGAGUGGGGAGUAUGACAAAGCGGUGGACUGCUUCACAGCUGCCCUCAGUGUUCGUCCCAAUGACUAUUUGCUGUGGAAUAAGCUAGGGGCCACCCUGGCCAACGGAAACCAGAGUGAGGAAGCAGUAGCUGCGUACCGUCGGGCCCUUGAGCUACAGCCUGGCUAUAUACGGUCCCGCUAUAACUUGGGCAUCAGCUGCAUCAACCUUGGAGCUCACCGGGAGGCUGUGGAACACUUUUUGGAGGCCCUGAACAUGCAGAGGAAAAGCCGGGGUCCUCGGGGCGAAGGGGGUGCCAUGUCAGAGAAUAUCUGGAGCACCCUGCGUUUGGCGUUGUCCAUGUUAGGCCAGAGCGAUGCCUAUGGGGCAGCCGAUGCCCGGGAUCUGCCCACCCUCCUAGCUAUGUUUGGCCUGCCCCAGUGACAGUGGGAUGGGCUGCCCUGUGAGUGUCAGCUUGGAGGGGUCCCUGCUCUGGAUGUGACUCUCUCUCCCCAAAUGGGCUACUAAGGGGGUGGGCUGAUGACCACAAGCGGUGUGGCCCCUCAGGAGCUGCCUCAACGUAGUGGGUGGGGGUAGUCCAUGUUCUUCCUACAUCACUGUAGGAAAUGAGCUGUGUUAUCUCUGAGUCCCUUGGUAAUUCAAGGGAUGUACCUUGAGCUCCAGAUCUCUCUGCUCAUCAUGCCCUUUCUUGGUGCUGCUUUUUGGGUAGGACCCGAAGAUCUAGGGUAACUGUUGUCAUCAGCUGCCAUUUCUGAUAGGGUCUACCACAUUCGUAAUGUCUGUCCUUUCCCCUACUUACUGGGAACUGAUAAUAGUACAGCUUUCUUGGUCAAUGGUGUGCAGCAGGUUCUUCUACCAUCCAUCUCUGAGAUGACUCCACCUGGGACAGGAUGUUAGGAGUUGGCCUGUUGGGUUGAAAUGUUGCUUUUGCUCAGCAGAGCUGAGUUUGAUAGGGCUGCUCAUAGUUCUCCUGCUCCUGGACCUCUCCUGGCUGUAGUUCAGAUUCUCUGGGUACAGUGCUGCAUGUGGUGCUGCUGGCAUCAUUAUUGAGGGGUCCAUAGGAGUUGCUGGGGUCAGUUGUACAGAGAGUGUUUGUAUGUAGGGUAGGAGGAUGGCGUAUUUGUGGAAUGAGCCUAGGAGGGACCAGAUGGGGUCAGAUCAAGGGCGCUGGUGGGAGGAAGAGCAGGUGGCCUGGGGGUGUGGUGAGUGCAGCCAGCCCUCCUCUCAGAAAGGCCUGUGAGUAGGCCUUGAGCUAACUCUUCUAGAAAGUUGGUUCAGAAAUAGUCUUGCCAAAUUCCUAGCAAAGAGGCAGUUCAGUGUUACCAUAAGCCUUUUGUUGUACUUCUUGAAAUGUUUCUAGGGGAAAGCAGUGAAAAAACCCCUCCCCCCUUAUUACCUCCACAAGCUGAAGACUGAGGGAGCAGGUUGGACUCUUCUCAACUGUCCCCUGUAUGGGGAGAUACACUAACCCCCAGAAAUGACUGCUAAGCCUUUUGCCUUGUCUUCAGUAGCUAAUGAUCAGAGAGAUUUUUUUUUUUAAACUACCAUGGUCCCAAAGUUCCAUCCUGAAAUUUAUUUUUCUUUGUAUGAAUAUGUGUAAAUGAUUUAAAAAUAAAACUGUAUGAAUAAAAUUUGUAUGAAGAAUAAAUGGAGCUGAUCUGGGUGUGAGUUCUGCCAGGUAUGAAGUUGGGGUGUGG